CGUAGUAGAAGUCUCAUGUACGUCCAUUGUAUCCAGUCAUGGCGAUUGCUCGGUUACAGAAGGAUCUGUCCCUUUCCAUUAUCCUCACCGAAGGGAUUUACUCUUGAGCAUUUGAAUGUGUCCUAUGCAUGCACGCACACUGCAGCGUUCGGAUCUGCUUGGACUGCUGUUGCAGGGAGGGGUUUGCUCAUUGGCGUUGAAAGCUGCAACACUCUGGGGUUGUUCUGGAGGUCAUUGGCUGUAAGGUGUCUGUUUGUACCAGGGAGCAGCAGUAAGAUCUACCGGGGGACUUCUAAGUUUGCACCAGUGAAAACCAUGCCUCAAUCAAAGUCUGUAGACAUGGGCUCUGCCUUCAUCCAGACGCAACAGCUCAAUGCUGCCAUGGCUGACACCUUCCUGGAACACAUGUGCCUUCUGGACAUCGACUCCGAGCCCACCACCGCUCGCAACACUGGCAUCAUCUGCACCAUUGGGCCAGCCUCCCGCUCUGUGAAUAUGCUGCAGGAGAUGAUCAAGUCUGGCAUGAACAUUGCUCGCCUGAACUUCUCCCAUGGCACACAUGAGUACCAUGCAGAGACCAUUAAGAACAUUCGUGAGGCGUGUGAGAGCUUUGAGCCCGGCAGCAUCCAGUACAGGCCCAUUGGCAUCGCCCUGGACACCAAGGGCCCAGAGAUCAGGACCGGCCUCAUCAAGGGAAGCGGCACAGCUGAGGUAGAGAUGAAGAAGGGCAACAUGAUCAAGAUCACCCUGGAUGACUCUUACCAGGACAACUGCAGCGAAGAGGUCCUAUGGCUCGACUACAAGAACAUCACCAACGUGGUGGAAAUCGGCAGCAAGAUCUACAUCGACGAUGGACUGGUAUCCCUGCAGGUCAAGGAGAUCGGUUCUGAUUUCCUCAUGUGCGAGAUUGAGAACGGCGGCACCAUUGGCAGCAAGAAGGGAGUGAACCUCCCCGGCGCUGCUGUAGACCUGCCUGCUGUUUCAGAGAAGGACAUCCAGGACCUGCAGUUUGGUUUGGAGCACGGAGUCGACAUGGUGUUCGCAUCCUUCAUCCGCAAAGCAGCAGAUGUGCAGGCUGUCAGAGCCGUGCUCGGAGAGAAAGGCAAAAACAUCAAAAUCAUCAGCAAGCUGGAGAAUCACGAGGGUGUCCGCAGGUUUGAUGAGAUCAUGGAGGCCAGCGAUGGCAUCAUGGUUGCCCGUGGUGACCUGGGAAUUGAGAUCCCAACAGAAAAGGUCUUCCUGGCCCAGAAGAUGAUGAUCGGUCGCUGCAACAGAGCUGGAAAGCCGAUCACAUGUGCAACUCAGAUGUUGGAGAGCAUGAUCAAGAAGCCCAGGCCAACCCGCGCUGAGGGCAGUGACGUAGCCAACGCCGUGUUGGACGGAGCCGACUGCAUCAUGCUGAGCGGAGAAACCGCCAAGGGAGACUACCCUCUGGAGGCAGUACGCACACAGCACAUGAUUGCCCGUGAAGCCGAGGCAGCCAUGUUCCACCGGCAGGUGUUCGAGGACCUGCGUCGCUCCACGCCGCCCUGCACAGACCCCGCCGAGGCUAUUGCAAUCGGCGCUGUCGAGGCCUCUUUUAAGAGCUUAGCCUCUGCCAUGAUUGUGCUCACUGGCUCUGGAAGAUCCGCCCACCUGAUCUCCAGGUACAGGCCCCGUGCCCCCAUCCUCGCCGUGACCCGUAACGCUCAGACGGCUCGCCAAGCUCACCUGUACCGCGGCAUCUUCCCCGUCCUCUACACCAGCCCCGCCCACGACGUUUGGGCAGAGGACGUCGACAUGCGCGUCAACUUCGCCAUGGAUAUGGGUAAGGCCCGAGGCUUCUUCAAAGAGGGAGACGUUGUCAUCGUGUUGACCGGCUGGCGUCCCGGCUCCGGUUACACCAACACCAUGCGUGUGGUUCUGGUGGCCUGAACAGCCAACGGGGCUGCGCCGCUUUCUCCCUCCACCUUCAUUUAUGUUUCAUAGCGCUCCACCCUACACUCCAGCUCACAACCCCCCCCCCGGUGCAACUGCUGGGCUCAUAGACUCGAAACCCUGAACAAUUGAUAAUGUAGGCAAUGAUGCAAAGCAAUUAGAAUUAGAGUACAGCCUCCAUGGCUAAAGAGCUGUUUUGGGUGGAGUUUUGAUUCGUCGAUUUCCACUUUGUCUCCAUUCCUUUCACGUCUCUCAAUCAAAACCAGUCUGCAGGGCCUCAGAUUAAAACACCGUGACCAGAAACUGCUGUAUUUAUUCACUCAAACACUUAUUAUUAGAGGUGAAUCAGUCUGAGAGUGAAUGCUUCCUGGUCUGUGUGCAUGUGCAUACUGCCUCCUGUUUAGGUGGAGUUGGGCUUAUCUUUUUCAAAAGAGGACUGUAACAGUGUACUGAUACAACCCCUCCGCCGAUAUAACGAACAAACUUGUGACGUCCUAAAUCAAAGGGCUCCUCCUGCAGAACAGCCUUGGCUCCACCCAAACAGACCCUUGCGUAGUGCUGUCUGUAUGAAGUGUCCUCUCCAGCUAUCACUGUAAGUGUAGGUGUUGCACUCCUUAUCUAAUCCAGACGAUGUUACAUUCAAUGUUAUACUUAACUUCUGUAAAUUGUCGUUUUGUUUUGGGACAUCCAAUACAACUUAUAUUUUGUCUAACUCUAGAGAAAUGUUAGUGUUGGAUGUCCAGAGUUGUUUGAGCUAGUUACUGUAUUUGUGUUCAUAGAUGUGACAAAAGGCCUUUACAGUUUAUUGAAUUUGGCGCAUAUGUAAGUUGACUGAUAUGAAAGAGCACUUUUAGGGUAUUUCCAAAGGGGACAUGAUGAAGGGAUGACACCCAGUCCCGCUCAACUCCAGCGCGAGAGGGGGCGCACCCCUCUGCUUGUCUUUCUCCUUCUAUGUUGGUGAUCCACUGUAGCUGUCUGUGUGUCUAACAUGCUUCUGAUUGUAAGACUAGAGUUUCAGAACUAACUAAAUGUAAAGGGUUAUUAUAAUGUUUAGCUGGUGUACUGAGCUGUCCUUAAAGACUGGAUUUCCAUCAAUAAAAGAGAUGAGCACCUACUUUAA